UGCGCAUGUUUUAUGUAUGCGUGUGUUUUUUAGUGGGCGUGACAUUUCUAACAAUAAUUCUGUAAUACACUGAAAACCUGAGUAUAAAAAGCUGGAGAUUUUGAAUUCUAGUAUCAUUCUUUCAAAAUGAACCAAAAUUUGUUUUCCCAAAUCCUCCCUGAAGUUGAUUUCAAUAUCUCUUCGAGUGGAUUAACCGUGUUAAGUUCCCGUCUUACCACUCCACGAUUUAUUCCUUAUGAUCAGUCAGGGAAAUGUAAGGAGUGUAAGAGCACAGAGGUGGAGAUUGACUUUAUUGUGACUAAGGAAGGGGUUACCAUCUAUUGUACACGAAUUGGAUCUGGUACCCGAUUUGUUCCGUUCGAUACAGUAUUUGAUUUGCCUACCCACUGCUUUUUCAAAAUCAAAAAUAAGGGAAGAGUGUUCAAUGUUCCUCAUGGAGUACAACCACAACAAAUUAUCCAUCAAAAUCCGACGAGAGGGAAAAGGAAAUUGGAUGAACUGCCUUCUCCUCCUCGAAAUGUUUCUCCUACUCCUCCCGUCAAUAAAUUGUCUUCUCCUCCUCAUUGCUCCCCUACUCCCGCGCUACAUUCUCCCCCAAGACAUAUUUCCCCUACUCCUCCCGUCAAUAACUUACCUUCUCCUCCAAGACAUAUUUCCCCUGCUGCGACUCCAAUAGAAUGUCCAAAGGCUAUCACCGAUACUGCGCGUCCUAAUACACCCCCUGAUAAUCUACGACUGGAUUAA